GAGUUGCGCCAAUCUCCACUCCGCCACUAGCCAGUGACGUUACUCCCUUGGCAAGCUUUGGGGCAGUUUCGCGCGAACGUUACAUGAAAAGAGUGAUUUAUACUUGUCAGACGACAGCAGCACCUUCAAUCUGCCUGAUCGAUUGCAAUCGAGAUUCUUCAAAUUGGUGCCCCUAGAUCCGGAACGUGGUCCGCUUGACUUAACCAAUCGCUUUCGUUGCCGUCCUAACCGUUUCCGUAAACAAACAUGUCCGUCGAAGCGCAGCCAUCACCCCCAGUAGAGCCUACACCUGAUCCAGCCGCCGCCGCCGAGCCUCAAAUUCCCUGGCUCUCAUUUCCUCCAUUUCCUGAGCCUCCUCCAGGUGUAUCCGUCAUUCCAUUCACAGAAUUCAAACCUUCAGGCUUGUAUAUGAGGAUGGAAGACGAAGAUAGUCCUGAGGUUGAUCCUCUGGGCAUACCUACCGUUACGCUUGGAGUGAAGCAUUCGUUGACCGAGGAAGAACAGGCCAGGAAGAAAAAGAAAAAGAAGACUGUGUAUAGAGCUGGUGGCGUCAUCAAGCGCGUUCUGUGGUUCGAAGAAUGGGAAGAUGGCGAGAACCUUCGACGUUCGGUCGUCAAUCCGUUGGCAUCUCGAGUUGAUCGUCUUCAUCAGGCUUGUCAGGAUUUCAAGAAUCCUGCGAAUAGAACUUGGCCAAGUCCAACGUCUGGUGUUCCUCAACUUUGGGACGCGUUCCGUCUCUACAUAGGCAUCAUCGCCAAGAUCUAUCCUGCCAUGUCUAAGAAGAAACAGGCUCAACUAGCAGAAGACGAGAUGGACGAAGAUGACGAAGGUGAGGACGACGAAGUCAAGGGUGGUGCCAAAUCACACCAGGUAGAGAUGGUCGACAAUCCAGACGAAGUUAGAGAACGCAAUAUUCAGCAGCGGCUGAAGGAAGCCGAAGAAAGGCGGAAGAACUUCGACGAAGCUGCAAAACAACGUUACGAACGAAGAGGUGAACUGAAGGAAGAGAGAAUGGCGUAUUUCUUCGAUGAUCCGGAGCUUGCUAUGAAAGAGUUCUUCUCUGCUCACUAUCGCGACAAAGGCUUAAUUUGGGACAAGCCUCGAUGCAGAGACGGACCUAUUCUCGUCGAGUAUUUCCUCAAGUAUCUACUGCGCUCCAAUGCACUCCCUGAGUACGAAAAAGGUCUCCGUCGAGCCGUCGAAGUUGUCAAAUUGGCCCAGAAAGAACUUCCUUUGACCUUCGUCGUGGGCGAAACCCUUCCAGAUCCUUUCAGCUUAGGAUGCGAGAAGCUCUUCGGUGGCAUGACCGGAGGCAUGUUCACCUGGGGUGAAGAUGAGACUGCGGAAGACAAGGAUACCAAAAAGGACAAACCUGACGAGGAAGAGGCCAAACGCAGCCAACAGGAGCUUGCGGAUUUCGUCGCUAGCAACGCUAAGGCGAGCGUCCAGAUUAUCGACCCAAAUGACCCGAGCUUCGGACUCGGCCAGAAGUUGCAGCAAGAAGCUGUUGCAGAUAACGUCGAUAUCAAUGGCGUCGAGACUGCACCGACGUCUGGCUGGGGUAUCCCUUCUUCAGGAUGGGGUGGUGGUUGGAACGACGCACCUACUGGUAACUCUGGCCCCCCACCUGGAGACUGGGGAUCGGCUGGAGGCUGGGGUGCGCCAGAACCAGAUGACAAUAACGCAGCUAAAGGUUGGUUCCCCGAACGACAGUCAUCUCUCAUCGACCUCCUCGGACCAACGGUCUUCCCUUUCACCCACACAACCGGUAUUAUUGAACGGUCGACUAGACGUAUUCUCAAAGUCGUACGACCACCUCCACCGCAUCCUAUUGCAAAGAAGAAGAGUAAAGGGAAGAGUACAGCUGAGCUUGUUGAAGAAGAAUUAGAGAAUAGACUUGGAUAUAUCGUCCUGGGACCUUGGAAGAAGAUCGGAAACGACGUUCGUUCGGACGUAACUGCCCCCUCUAUUUUGCCUGACUCGAGAGGUCCGACGACCCACGAUGAAUCUGUGGCUUCAACUGAGGCCUCCAGUACCCAUAUUCAUAAUCCGGAGAAAGACGAGAUCAUCAUCUUAAUCGACCCGAAGACCGUUGAGACAGUUCAACCAGCCAUUGGACUUGGUCUACUUGCAACGUGGGUCCAAAUCAAGAAAGGAGGACCUGGUGUCAACGGUGAACCGACGAAAUGGUGGUACAUGGAGCAGUUGAUGGCGUCCAUUCCUAGUUACCACACUGAUCGACAUUAUGAGAAUCAGGCAUAAGUCUUUUUUGUUUCUUGUCGAAAAUUUUCUUGUGUUUCUCAUACUAAGGAUUUCAUUGAAGGCAGUGUAUGAAUAGAUGUAACAUAGUGAAAUGUACCUGGAAAUGAAGUGCUCAUGUCAUCCCCAAUCUAGACAUUCUGCGAGGCAGUGAAUCUU